AUGUCUGCUUUCUUCGCCAUAGAGUCCACCGAUAUUUGUGUAUAUCAAAGCAAUUUAUGCAAAUUUCGGAUUCAAAUGGAGAUACCUAACAGCAAAUUACCUCAAUUUCGGAUUGAAAUGGAGAUGGUGGCAUACACAGUAGUAGAGCUCGAGAAAAACCCAUACAGUUGGACAAAGGUGGCCAACAUAAUAUUCCUCGAUCAACCUGUUGGGACCGGAUUUUCCUAUGCAAAAACUCCGGACGCUUACAUAACAAAUGAUACGUUAUCAUCAAUGCAUGCAUACCAUUUUCUGAGGAAGUGGCUUGUGGAUCAUCCUAAAUUUCUCAACAAUCCAUUUUAUCUUGGAGGUGAGUCCUACAUGGGCAUAGUGGCACCAAUGAUUGUUAACGAAAUAUACAAAGGUAAUGAAGUCGGAGAAGGGCCACAGAUAAAGAUCAAGGGGUACAUGCUUGGUAAUCCUCUAACAGACACAAGUGGCGACUAUAAUUCAAGAAUCCCAUUUCUUCAUCGUACGGGACUCUUAUCAAAUGAAAUCUAUAAAUCUACUAAAGAAAAUUGCCACGGAAAUUACUUGGAUGUAGAUCCCAACAACCAUCGUUGUAUAAAUGAUCUUAAAGUUGUGGAUAAGUGUAUUGGAAGAAUUAACAAGCCCCAAAUUCUAGAGCCUGCUUGUGACACUUCAAAUACUAUAAAAUCUUAUCACUUCAGGAGGGGCUUAGUAUCUCUUCACAAUGCCUCUAUGGAUAUAUGGUCGUUACCUCAAGUUCGAAUACAAGGGUGUCGCGAUGACCACUAUAUAUACAGCUAUGUAUGGGCUAACCGCAGAGACGUGCGAGAGGCUCUCCAUAUUGAUGAGGAAUUCGAUGAAAUCAAAUGGGUGCGAUGCAAUGAAAGUCUAUUUUUUAAUUUUUUUACGAAACCCAUAUCUAACACACACAAUGUCCUAAAUACGGUUGCCUACCAUGAAAACCUUGCCAAUAAAAAUUGUCGCGCUCUUGUAUUCAGUGGAGAUCAUGACAUGGUCGUUCCAUAA